UUUCUAAUUUUUCACCGGUCUACAUAUUCUCAAUUUUCUUUCCAUCUUCUAGGGUUUCGUUUUUUGUUUCGAAUAUCAAUUUCUUCUCUAAUCGCUCGUUUUUCCGAAAAAGAUUUCGUAUUUCCACCACCUGAUUUGCAACUCUCAGAUUUUCUAGGGUUGUUUUUUCGUCAACGUUUCAGAUCUGUGUCAUUGUUCUGACAAUUCUUUGACGUUGUUGAGAUGCCUCCAAGGACGGUAAAGAGAGGGGCGGCAUCGGCCGGGUCGAAGAGAGGUGGAAGGGUCACAAGAGGGACACCGAAUAAGAAACAACAGCCGCUCGAACGGGAGGUUGCCGAAGAGACGGUGAAGGUCGAGGAGGUCUCGGUGGUUGAGGUGGAAACCAAGGAGAUUCCCGAGGAAGUAACGGUGCAGGAAAAAAGCCCUGUUGUCGAAGACGAGCCAGUCAUUCCGAAUAUGCCGGUAGGUGUCGAAGAUGAGCCAGUCAUUCGGAAUAAUCCGGUAGUUGUCGAGGAGAAGCAACCUGUUGCCAUAGACGUUGAGGAGGUCGAACCUUCGCACGAAGUCGGAUCGGAUUCUAAACCCUUGGUUCCUCCUAAAAAAGAAGUAAAGGAUGAAGAAUUUGAAAAGGAUGAACGCUUGGAUCUUGAAGACAAUGAUCCUGAAUCAGAACCUGAGGAGGAGUUUGAUGAAAAAGAUAUUGGACAAGCGGAUGUACAGGACAUGGUAUAUGGAGAGGGUGAACCUGAGGACAAUGUGGGCGAUGGGGAGGGUGUUAUGGGUAUAGAUGAUGUUGAGCAUGUUCAGGAGGAUCAUGAGGGAGAGGAGGAUGAUCAGCAAGUUGCUGAAGGCCAUGAGAAUGCUGGCAUGGUUGAUGCUGAUGAGGAUGAGCAUCAUGAAGUUGUAGAGGAGAGGCGUAAGCGCAAAGAGUUUGAAGUCUUUGUUGGGGGCUUGGACAAGGAUGUAAAGGAGGAGGAUUUAAAGAAAGUUUUCAGUGCAGUUGGUGAAGUUACUGAAGUCAGGCUAAUGAUGAACCCUCAGACGAAGAAGAAUAAAGGUUUUGCAUUUUUACGUUUUGCUACAGUUGAAGAGGCAAAACGUGCUGUGUCAGAGCUAAAGAAUCCAGUGAUUAAUGGGAAACAAUGUGGUGUGACUCCAAGUCAAGACAGUGACACCCUUUUUCUUGGUAACAUAUGCAAGACAUGGAAAAAGGAUGUUCUGAAGGAGAAGUUGAAACAUUAUGGAGUUGAUAAUGUUGAGGAUCUGACUUUGGUAGAAGAUAGUAAUAAUGAAGGAUUAAAUCGUGGAUUUGCUUUUUUGGAAUUUUCAUCUCGCUUGGAUGCCAUGGAUGCCUUCAAGCGUCUUCAAAAAAGGGAUGUUGUAUUUGGAGUCGAUAGACCUGCCAAAGUGUCUUUUGCAGAUUCUUUUAUAGAUCCUGGUGAUGAAAUUAUGGCCCAGGUCAAGACUGUUUUUGUUGAUAGUCUCCCUGGCUCAUGGGAUGAGGUAUUUGUUCGAGGACUUCUUAAGAAGUAUGGGGAGAUUGAGAAAAUUGAGCUUGCCCGAAAUAUGCCUUCGGCAAAGAGAAAGGACUUUGGUUUUGUUACAUUUGACACACAUGAUGCUGCAGUUUUCUGUGCAAAAAGUAUUAACAACGCAGAGCUGGGUGAAGGGGACAACAAGGCUAAAGUAAGGGCUAGAUUAUCCAGACCACUGCAAAGGGGUAAAGGAAAACAUGCAAGUCGUGCAGAUUAUUGGCCUGGGCAUGCAACUGGACGAGCAUUAAGGGGUUCUUGGGGACGACCAGCUCCACAAAGUCUUCCAGUUCGAGUAAGAGGUGUAGGCAGCCAUUUCCCACCAGUCAGUGUAAAGAGGCCUGGUGGGGUUAGAGAUAGACGUCCUGUCAUUGCAAUGCCAGAACGAGGAAGACCUAUUGCUCCUGUAGCAAGGUCUUAUGACAGGGGACCUCCUGUUGCUUCUUACUCAAAGAGUAGUUUGAAAAGAGAGUAUGGUCGACAUGAGGAUCUGCAUCCAUCCAGAAGCAGGGUACUUGUUGAUUAUUCAUCCAGGGUUGUACCUGAUCGAAAUGCAUCUUUCAGAGAGGAAUAUGCUUCUCGUACAACUGCCUUCUCAGAUCCACCUAGGAGAGCUUAUGUGGACGAUGAUUAUGGUCGAAGGUUUGAGAGACCCCCUCCUCCAAGCUACCGUGAUGUUCGUGCACGCGAUUAUGAUUCUCUAGUUGGAUCAAAACGUCCAUAUUCUUCAUUGAGUGAUGUGCCUCCAGCUUAUGCUGAUGCUGGUGUUCGACAAUCAAGAAGUCGUUUGGACUAUGAUUAUGGUGCUGGUGCUUCUCAAUAUGGAGAUGCCUACGACAGCAGGAUUGGAAGAUCAAAUAUUGGUGGAUAUGAUGGUCGAAGCUCCAUCUCAGGUUCUUUUAGUAGUGAUGUUGGUGGAAUGUACUCGUCCAGCUAUGGUGGUGAUUACAUGACACGUGGUAGCAAUGUGAGUGGCAGCUCUUACUCAUCAAUGUACCAUGGGCGCAGUGCAGGGGGCAGCAGUUAUAUGGGUAGUGGCGGGUCUGGAUCAUACUAUUGAUUGAUGAUUCCAUUCUCUUUUCUUUUUCCCCCCUAAGAAGAGUGUUUAGUGGAAGUGGAACAAUAUGGUCACAAGUUAUCUGUUUAUGGAACAGACUUGAUAUGAUAAAGAGGCUCCUGUAGGAUGUGGACAAUGUUUGGAAGCUUUUGCAUUAUCUGCCUCUACGGUUCUGGGAAGGAAAAUUUAUCAAGAUUAACGGCCUCUAAACUUUAUUUCUAGAGUAUGAUCGAAUGACGUAACAUACUGGUUAAGUUGUUAAGACCUUGCUGGUUUUUGAUAUUUGUAAUUGGACCAUGUAAGGGAACUCGUGACGUAUUCAGAAAUGAAGAAAGACGUGCCUGAUUGUGCAUAUUCAUAAGUUGCAUUUAUGUAAGUUUUCUCUUGAGAACACGUCCUGAAUAGUUGGAAGGUGGGUGGUUUUGUAUCCCCUUUUUGUUUUGGAGUACAGACAUCAAAUAUGGGGGUUAAGUGGAUUUCGUAUUAUACUGUAUUGGAGCAGUGUUGUCUUGGAACCCUCUACGGUAACAGUUAGCAACAGGCACAUAUGAUUAAUAUGAAAGUAAAUAGUGGAUGUGGUUAUUUGAUGCAAGAAAUGCUGAGCUUUUUGGAUAUUUUAUAGCCCUGAUAAAAGGCCCUGAAGUGGAGUAGUGCUCCAUAUAUUUGUUACUGUUUAUUUAUUGGCUUAAGUAGAGAUUACUUGGAGACUUUUAUUCAAUAUAUCUAUUGUAACUUAUUGGUA